UAUUUUCCUUUCCUUUUCAAGAAAAGAAUCGGAAUUGUGUCUUCUUUUUUCACUUUCCUCUCGUUCCACUUCCCCAGUUAGUAGUUCCUGCUCCAAUUUAACUAUGCUUGGCGCCUCACUUUAAUGGCAGCCCUUAUCCACCACUGCCACCGUCCGGCCACCGACUCCGCUGCCUUCUCUCCCUCCUCUUCACCCCUACUCAUUCACUUUCACCACCCUUUGAAACCCUUUAAGCCUUCACAAAUAACUUCUUAUCUUUCUCCCUCUAAAUCACCUCUUUCUAUCUCCUCUCCCAGACCCCAACUUUUCUCGAACCCAUCAUCUUCACUUUCCAAGACUCCAUCUUUUCAACAUCUUUCGAGUCCAAAGCCUCUUGAAAACUCUCAGCCUCUAUCAAACCAUGAGCUUUCUCGUUUACUUAAAUUAUCCUGCGAUUACAUUGAUAUUCAGCUCAGUAAAGCAGUCCAUGCUUCAAUUCUCAAGGUUCAACAUGACACACGCUUAUUUAAUUCUCUCAUUACAUCUUACAUCGAACUGGGUUGCUUAAGUUAUGCUGAGAAUGUUUUUAGCUCAAUUUUGAGCCCGGAUGUCGUGUCUUACACUGCUAUGCUUUCGGGUUUGGCAAAAUUGGGUCGCGAGGAUGAAGCUGUGGGCCUCUUCUUGGAGAUGAGAGGCUCGGGUAUUGAACCCAACGAGUAUACUUUUGUUGCACUUUUGACUGCCUGUAUGCGCUUACUGGAUCUGGAGUUGGGUUCCCAAAUUCACGCCUGUUCGAUCAAGACGGGUCACAUCAAUUGCACUUACGUCGCCAAUGCGCUUAUGGGAUUGUAUGGUAAAUGCAGUUGUUUGGAUGCUGUGGUCAAUCUGUUCUCUGAUAUGCCCAAAAGGGACGUUGUUUCUUGGAAUACUGUGAUUUCUUGUGUGGUGAAGGAUGGUAUGUAUGAUAGAGCAUUUGAGUUAUUUCUUGAUAUGCUGAGACUUGAAGGCUGUAGAGUGGAUUAUUUCACCCUUUCAAGUCUCUUGGUUGCAUGUGCAAGGUGUUUGGCAACGAGGGAGGGCAUGGAAAUUCACGCAUACGCACAUAAAAUAGGGUACGGGGGCCACUUGAGUGUGAAGAAUGCAUUAAUUCAGUUUUAUGCAAAGUGUGGAUGUGUUGAAGACGUUGAGAGUUUGUUUAAUAGGAUGCCUGUGCAGGAUGCUUUUACUUGGACUGAAAUGAUUAAUGCAUAUAUGGGAUUUGGGCUUAUGGAUUUGGCUGUGGAGACUUUUGUUAGGAUGCCUGAGAAGAAUCCUGUCUCCUACAAUGCUCUCUUAGCUGGAUUUUGCCAAAAUGGUGAGGGUUUUAGGGCAUUAAGAUUGUUCUGUAGACUGGUGGAGGGCGGCAUGGAAUUAAGUGAUUUCACGUUAACUACUGUUUUCCAUGCUUGUGGCUUGAUGAAGGACCGGAGGCUCAGUGAACAGAUUCAGGCCUUUGUCCUCAAGAUCGAUUUUGGCCCUAAUGAUUGGGUUCUAGCCGCACUACUUGAUAUGUGCACUAGAUGUGGUAGAAUGGAUGAUGCUGAAAAGAUAUUCCGCCGACUAGAGAUGGAACAGAGCAGUUCAAUUAUGUUGACAACAAUGAUUUGUGGAUAUGCUAGAAACUCAGAGCCAGAUAAAGCUAUUUCUUUAAUCUGCCGGUGGCGAUAUGAAGAGCACGUCGUCAUGGAUGAAGUUGAAUUAGCUUCAGUACUUGGAGUUUGCGGAGAUUUGGGGUUUCAGAAACUUGGCGAACAAUUUCAUUGUUAUGCUUUAAAGUACGGUUUCUUGUUUGAUGUUGGAGUUGGAAAUUCUAUCAUUAGCAUGUAUUCCAAGUGUGGUAACAUGGAAGAAGCAUCUAAGGUCUUUGGUAGCAUAUCUGCACACGACAUAGUUUCAUGGAAUAGCCUGUUGGCUGGCCAUAUCCUUAAUAGGCAGGGGGGAGAGGCCUUAGACGUGUGGAAGAAGAUGCAGAAAGCAGGAGUACAGCCAGACACAAUUACCAGUUUCUUAAUUAUUUCAGCUUAUCGGCAUACUGAUUCCAAUUUAGUUGAACAUUGCCAUGACUUCUUUCACUCCAUGAAAUCUGUUUAUCAAAUUGAACCCAAUUCAGAUCAUUAUGCCUGUUUGGUUGGUGUUUUAGGUUACUGGGGUCUUUUAGAAGAAGCGGACGAAAUAAUCAAGAAGAUGCCUUUUGAGCCAAAGGCUUCUGUUUGGAGAGCCUUGCUUGAUAGUUGCAGAGUACACAGAAAUGUCACAAUUGGGAGAAGAGCUGCCAAGAAAAUACUGAGCAUGGAGCCACAAGAUCCAUCCACAUACAUACUAAAAUCAAAUCUCUAUUCUGCAUCAGGAAGGUGGCGUUGCUCUGAUCUUGUUAGGGAAGAGAUGAGAGAAAGAGGAUUCAGGAAAUUCCCUGGCCGGAGUUGGAUCAUACACCAAAGUAAGGUUCAUUCAUUCUUCAGCAGGGACAAGUCUCAUCCACAGUCGAAAGACAUUUACAGUGCACUAGACAUACUAUGCUUGGAAUGCCUAAAAGCUGGCUACGUAUCUGACACAAGCUUUGUGCUUCAUGAAGUAGAGGAGCAUCAGAAAAUGAAUUUCUUGUUGUACCACAGUGGAAAACUAGCCGUCACCUAUGGACUACUAACGACCAAACUGGGAGAACCUGUUAGGGUAAUUAAGAAUAUCCAUCUCUGCGGGGACUGCCAUACAUUCUUUAAGUAUGUUUCUGUUGUUACCAAAAGGGAAAUACAUGUAAGAGACUCUUCAGGUUUUCACUGCUUUGCUAAUGGAGAAUGCUCAUGCAAAGAUUACUGGUGAUGCAAACUUUUUUUUUAGUUUUAGAUCCCAGAGCUGGAUAUUUUAGGAUUCUAUAGACUUGUUUCUACUAUUAUUCUUUUCAGUUUCAGUCAACUCAUCGUCUGAAGCUAAUGUAAGAUGUAAGUAAAAUACGUACAGUGAUGAAGAACUACUUGUCUGUGGGGAGUUCAUUUACUACUUUUACUUAUCUGAUUGAAUACAAUGAUGUACUUUGAGAAAGUUUACAUGAGCCAUUAGUUGCUAUACUCCUGGGGAAAAAA